CCACCCGUGUUCUGAACUGUCCCCGCUGUGUGCACCGACCACCACUGUCCUGAACUGUCCCUGUUGUGCGCACUGACCACCUGUGUCCUGAACUGUCCCCGGUGUGUGCACCGACCACCCGUGUUCCGAACUGCCCCGCUGUGUGUGCACUGACCACCCAUGUCCUGAUGGCAUGCCCGGAGUAUGGCUACCUGUGGUGUCCCUGAGUGCUUGAGCCAUCACUACCCGUUGAGUCCCCGUGAACCCAAUGACCCUAGAAAGCUGGGUGGGAGCUGUGCUGUGGCCAGACUCCACAGCUAGAGUCCCGUUGAGUCCCCGAGGCCCCUGCCCAGUAGUAGGUUGCCGCCUGUUGCCCGAGCCCCUGCCCAGGGGUAGAUUGCCGCCUGUUGCCCAAGGCCCCUGCUCAGUGGUAGGUUGCCACCUGUUGCCGCCUGUUGCC